UAAUUCGAAAGCAAUAACAACACCCGAUUUAGAGACGAAGAUCUGUAUUUUUCUUCAAAAAAUGAAUAACCAGCUAACUUGUCAGAAUUACAUUCAGAAAUUUAGUAGUGGUGACGAAAAAUACGGAGAAAAAAGAAAUUAAUAAUACACUAACUAAUAAUUAUCCAAAAAAUAAAAAAUUAAAUAUUAUCCAACACUGACUCAUUUUACGUCACACUAUUUAAAAACCCACCGUUUUUUGAUUUACGAAUUAAUAUUUGUGUUCGCCACAUUCCCCAAGCUUCAUCUUUAUCUCUCUAGAAUUCCUCUUUCUCUCUCCUCGGGAACUUCAAUUCUGCUAUUCUAUCUCCUUCGCCAUGGAUCCUUACAAGUUUCGGCCAUCAAGUGCGAACAACUCACCAUACUGCACCACCAAUUCUGGUGCGCCUGUUUGGAAUAACAACUCUUCUUUAACUGUUGGUAACAGAGGCCCAAUUCUUUUGGAAGACUAUCAUCUGGUGGAAAAGCUUGCCAACUUUGACAGAGAGCGUAUACCAGAACGUGUUGUUCAUGCCAGGGGAGCGAGUGCUAAGGGAUUUUUUGAAGUUACUCAUGAUAUUUCACAACUCACGUGUGCUGAUUUCCUGCGCGCCCCUGGCGUCCAGACACCUGUAAUUGUUCGGUUCUCCACUGUUAUUCAUGAACGUGGCAGUCCGGAAACCAUCAGGGACCCUCGUGGUUUUGCUGUGAAGUUCUACACCAGAGAGGGUAACUUCGAUCUGGUAGGAAACAAUUUCCCUGUGUUUUUCAUUCGAGAUGGUAUGAAAUUCCCUGAUAUGGUGCAUGCCCUCAAGCCCAACCCUAAAUCUCACAUUCAGGAGAAUUGGAGGGUCAUGGAUUUCUUCUCGCAUCAUCCCGAGAGUUUACACAUGUUUACUUUCCUCUUUGAUGAUAUUGGAGUUCCUGCAAACUAUAGGCACAUGGAAGGCUCUGGUGUUAACACAUAUACUCUGGUCAACAAGGCUGGCAAAGCAUAUUAUGUGAAGUUCCACUGGAAGCCAACAUGUGGAGUGAAGUGCCUGUUGGAGGAUGAGUGCGUCAAAAUUGGUGGAGCUAACCACAGCCAUGCUACUCAGGAUCUUUAUGACUCGAUUGCAGCUGGAAACUAUCCCGAAUGGAAGCUGUUCAUCCAGACAAUAGACCCAGCUGAUGAAGACAAAUUUGACUUUGACCCCUUAGAUGUUACAAAGACUUGGCCUGAGGACAUUUUGCCUCUUCAGCCAGUUGGCCGUAUGGUCUUGAACAAGAACAUUGACAACUUCUUUGCCGAGAACGAGCAGCUGGCAUUUUGCCCUGCUAUCGUUGUUCCUGGGGUCCACUACUCAGAUGACAAGCUGCUUCAGACUCGAAUUUUCUCAUAUGCUGAUACCCAAAGACACCGUCUUGGACCUAACUACCUGCAACUUCCAGUUAAUGCUCCCAAGUGUGCUCAUCACAACAACCACUAUGAUGGUUCCAUGAACUUUAUGCACAGAGAUGAGGAGGUUGACUACUUCCCAUCAAGAUAUGAUCCUGUUCGUCACGCUGAGAGAUUUCCCAUCCCUACAAACAUCUUGAAUGGAAAGCGUGAAAGGCAAAUCAUUGUAAAGGAAAACAACUUCAAGCAGCCUGGAGAGAGAUACAGAUCCAUGGACCCAGCCAGGCAAGAGAGAUUUAUAUGCAGAGUGGUUGAUGCUCUCUCUGAUCCUCGCAUCACUCAUGAGAUAAGAAGCAUUUGGGUUUCAUACUGGUCUCAGGCUGACAAAUCUCUGGGUAUGAAAGUCGCAAGUCGACUUAAUGUGAGACCAACCAUGUAAAGAUGUUCAAGAUGAAUACAUGAUUAUUCUAUUUGGGGAGAUCAAAAUGAGGAUCACAUUACGAAAAAAUAUUGUAAUAUCUAGUUGCUUGUCAAAAUACUAUAAACUGUGUCAGUAUUCCGAGCAUAGAACACUACUGUUUUUUAAUAAGUUUCUGUUGUUCGUCUUACAGACUUGCAGUACAUUGAUGUGUAUCCAUAUUGGUUUACAUAACAUGGUUCCCUGUCUGCUUUGUGCACAAUUGUUCUACAUCUUACUAAUGAAUAUGUUACUUCACCUUCUUA